AUGGAGUCCAUUAAUAGUCGGUCGUCGAGUUUACCCAAUUCAUCAAAGACAGGCCCUCAUGAUCUGGCGCUGGCGCCAUUAAAAUUACGUACCCAAGGAAGUCCAAAGGCGCGCCGUUGGUUCCGGGAUUUUAUCGCAGCUUUUUCAACUAUCACCAUCCUCAUUUUCCUUGGUUAUACGACCGCUGAACAUAUAUUUGGAGACCGGUCGAGAAGCACCUGGUUUUGGAGACUACACGAUAGUCAAAGUGAAAAUGAUGGGCAGAAAGGAAGCUCGAGAGGCAGUCAGUACUUGCUGGGGGUUGGCAAGGCCGAUAUCACAGGUCCCGUAGUAGAGAUCAAUAUGAUGGGAUACGCGGAUAUGAAGCAGGUUGGAUCCGGCCUCCGGCAACGCCUCUACUCCCGAGCAUUCAUCGUGGGGGAUGUUGAGCACCCCGAUGACAGGUUUGUAUAUCUCGUCCUGGACACGCAGUCCGGAGAUACUGCUGUUCGCUAUGGGAUUCUUGAAGGCCUAGCUAGCCUGGGCAGUGCCUAUUCUGUGUAUGGGCAGCAUAAUGUGGCCGUCACUGGUACACAUUCUCAUUCGGGACCAGGAGCAUGGCUAAACUAUCUUCUGCCCCAAAUUACCAGCAAAGGAUUCGAUAAGCAGAGUUACAGAGCUAUCGUGGGCGGCGCGAUAUUGUCAAUCCAAAGAGCUCAUGCUAGUUUGCAACCUGGCUAUCUAACGGUUGGGUCGACGAAGGUUUUUGGUGCAAACAUUAACCGGAGCCUCUACGCAUAUCUUGCAAACCCGGAAGCCGAAAGAACCAAAUACAAUAUCAGUGCCGAAGAUGACGGCUCGGUCGAGAAAGAUUUGACUCUGCUUAAAUUCCAACGAGCAUCGGACGGCAAGAACAUCGGAGUACUUACCUGGCUUCCUACCCAUGGGACGUCCAUGUUGGGAAACAACACCCUAAUAUCGGGAGACAAUAAGGGAGUGGCUGCGGAUCUAUUUGAAAAGAGCUUGUCUAAAACACAUGACACUGCUCCUGAAGGCUUCGUGGCCGGCUUCUCGCAGGCGAACGUCGGGGAUACCAGCCCGAACGUGCUCGGGGCAUGGUGUGAGGACGGAUCGGGAAAAGAGUGCAGCUUCAGGAACAGCACAUGCAGCGAUGGCAAAAGCCAACAGUGCCAUGCCCGUGGGCCCUUCUUCCGCACCAAGGACAACGGAGCUUCCUCUUGCUUCGAAAUUGGCAAAAGACAAUUCGAACCGGCUAGAGCCCUGUAUGAUUCUAUAGAUCUCAAGGGAACCCCUAUCGCAGGGCCGUCAGUCAAGUCAUUCCACAUCUUCCACGACAUGUCUAACUUUAGCUUCCCAUUGGCGAAUGGAAGCUAUGUCCAAACCUGCCCAGCAGCUCUAGGCUAUUCUUUUGCUGCUGGUACCUCAGAUGGGCCAGGUGCAUUUGACUUUACGCAGAAUGACCCAAACGCACCCAAUGCAUCCCCUGUGUGGCGGGUAGUGUCCGGUGCCCUCAAGGAACCCAGUGAGGAUCAGAAGCGCUGCCACUUUCCGAAGCCUAUCCUACUAGAUGUUGGAGAAAUCACCUCCCCUUACAUGUGGACGCCAAACGUUGUCGACGUCCAGGUGCUCCGGGUAGGCCAGUUCGUUAUAAUCGUCAGCCCUGGAGAAGCCACAACAAUGGCGGGUAGGCGAUGGAAGGAGGCUGUACAUGAAGAGGCGAAAUUGCUUGCACUUUCCGGACAAUCUAUAACGGAUCCUGUGGUUGUCCUUGGCGGGCCUGCAAAUAGCUAUACCCACUAUAUUGCUACGGAAGAGGAAUACGGCAUUCAAAGAUACGAAGGUGCUUCGACACUCUAUGGGCCACAUACACUAAAUGCCUACAUCAACCGCACUCUCGCCUACCUGCCCUACCUCCUCCCAUCGUCAAGCUCUAGGCCAGCUCCAGGUCCCCUCCCACCCAACAACGUCAAUAGAUCCCUCUCCUUCAUCACCGGUGUUGUAUAUGAUGGCGUGCCCAUGUUCAAAGAAUUUGGAGAAGUCAAGAGCGACGUUGAGCCAUCCUAUCCUAUCGGCUCUACGAUAUCCACCACUUUCCACGGCGCCAAUCCACGUAAUAAUCUACGUCUGGAAAAAACGUACGCAGCGAUUGAAAAAGCGGACCCGGGGACUGGAAGAUGGGCACGGAUUAGAGAUGAUAGUGAUUGGAGCUUGAUAUUCAAUUGGAAGCGGACGAACGAAAUUUUAGGGCAGAGCGAGGUCAGGAUAGACUGGGAGUCCGGGGAUUCUGCUCAAGCGGGAAAGUACCGGAUGAAAUAUUAUGGAGAUUCCAAGGCUCUUGGGGGGACGAUCACGGCUUUUGAAGGGACUAGCGGGACGUUUGUUUUGAUAUAA